UAAACUUCAUCAAAACUCAAAUCACAAAUCGACCUCUAACAACAGUCUCGUUGCUGUAAUAUUGCUUUAGCAUUGGUCUUCAUUAUUAUUUAUUAUAAAUCGUGAAAUAUUACGUGUGAUCAGGGAAGCCACAAGAGUGCUAAAUAAGACGUUUUCGUAGAAUAUUUGGAAAAUAAGAAAUCAUUGAAAAUGAGCGGAUCUUGGGAGGAGUUUUUCGCGACGCAUCUGCCGCCCACUGAUUUUGAGGAUAAUCGUUCGCUUCUAAAAGAGUUUUGUGAGCGGCACGACAGACAGGGACACAAGAUAGUACUUGUCACUUCCGGUGGUACCACAGUACCGCUAGAACACAACACCGUGAGAUUCGUAGACAACUUCAGUGCCGGCAAACGUGGUGCAGCAUCAGCGGAAUAUUUCCUGGAACAAGGUUACGCGGUGAUCUUUAUGCAUCGACAGAAGUCUCUGGAACCUUUCACGAGGCACUUCAAUGGGCCCAAGUUGCUCGAUAUGCUAGAGAUUCAGGAACAGGCUAAUAAUACUACAAUUAGAGUAAAACAGGACAGUGUGUUCGCACUGGCGCCAGUACUGUCCCGUUACCAAGCUGCGCACGCGGCGGGCGCCAUCUUGCACAUAGCGUUCACAACCGUGUCCGAGUACUUUUGGCUGUUGCGCGCGGCUUGCGAAGUGCUCGCCAAGUCUGGGCCAAGGGCCUUGUUGUACUUGGCCGCGGCGGUUUCGGACUUCUAUAUACCGAAGGAUAGUAUUCCCACCCAUAAAAUGCAAUCGGAAAGCGGAGCCCCCGUGAUUCACUUACACCUUGUGCCUAAAAUGUUAGCUCCACUUGUUAACUUGUGGGUGCCCAACGCCUUCGUCAUCUCAUUUAAGCUAGAAACCGAUGAAAACCUUCUUAUACCUAAAGCAAGAGCUGCCUUGGAAAAGUAUAAGCAUAAAGUGGUAAUCGCCAAUAUGUUGCAAACGAGGCACCAGCGGGUGGUCGUUGUGACGAAGGAGGCUAACCAAGAAAUCGUCCUCACCAGAGAAGAAGUUCACGCAGGCGUGGACAUAGAAGCGCCGAUUGUGGAGGAGAUAAUCCGGCUGCACGGCGCGCACGUGACGUCACGCGGCGCGCGCUGAGCCGCGGCCGGCCGUCUAGCGAGACUGUACCUGGUCGACUAGGCGGGGGGUUGCCGGGAACGGAGUGUUCUUUUUUUAUUUUUCGAAAAUGAAACGCGCUGUGGUACAUGAGCUUUUUUUUUUAAUUGGAACUGGCUUUGGAUGUAGAUUUUUUUCGAUACUGGCAUGUUCGAUUUGUUCUUUUUUACUUGAUACUUUUCUUUUAAUACAGGCUUUAUGAUUUUUAUUGAACUACGGUAAGCAUUAGAGUUUUCAUAAUUUACUUUAAUAUGUCUAAAUUUAAAUGUUCUUUAUUUAUUUAUUUUUUUAUUUGCUGAAUUGUCUUUUAUGCUUAAUUUGAAUAUAAUUUUCAUUUGUUUUUACUAUCAAAUAAAAUCGCUAUCGCCGUAUUCACAUACUUGGCGUGUGAUUUGAGUGAAUUUUUUCGUAUACAAAGAGAUUCAUAUUGUAAGAUUUGAAACUCCCACGGCAUACCCAAAAUGAAGUACUUAAAAAAUGACUGAUAAAGUAACAUGGAAAUUGAAAGUGCAGUGUUAGUGUUAAGUGUCUAAGUGUGGAGGUGAAAAGUGUAUGUCUUCUCUUUUUACAUAACUACAGAUUAAAAUAAACAAACUACAUUAUAAAAGUGUUAAAUGCUUUAACAAAAUUUCUAUUUUUUAAUACACUAUAUGUCUAUGGUUUCAUAAACAUAUUGAUCGUUUUUGUAGGUUCAUUCAAAUUCUUCUGUAAUCUUUCUUUCUAACAGUGUAAUAGGGAGAUUACAGAUAGAUUAGAUUGUGACUGUUCAAGUCUGGGAUUGACAAGGAUAAUAAUAUUUAUUUGUAGUUCUUCUGUAGUCUAUGUUUCGUUUAAUCUGUAGUUACUACCAACGUCUUCUUCCUCUUAACGUGUUGUACUCAUAGAUUCAGGGUUCUCUCAGGUUGUUAACAUUUUCCAUGAAAUAUGAAUUCGCCAAAUUUUCAUUAAAAUUCACACAUAUUUUCGAUAGACCAUGUUUAUCGUCAUAGUUUCGGAUUAAAGUGUUUAAAAUGGACAGUCUCUGAAUGAGCUUAACGAGAUGAUUGUUUUCUUAGAGGGCUGUGCAAAAAAAUAAGAAAACCGUAAGAAAUCGUAUAGUUAUGGAGUCGAAUGUGAGGUUUUCUUUAUUUUGAGGGUUGUUCUACAUUUGAAAAGUAUGGUACUUUUAAAGAA